GUCGAAGAUUCCGUGGAGCAGCUUGUCACCACAUGGAUAGUUUCCGAGAGGGAUGAGGAGAUCGCGUCAGCUGUCGAAGUCGUCUCCAAUGGCCGUCUGCUCGCUGUCGUCAGGGCUCUUGGACCCUAUUUAACUUCAGAGACGGACGAUCUCAGGUCAAAGGGCGUCGAUUUUCUCGCUACUGUAGUCGCCAGAUGUCCAGAAAACACACUCAACCGACAAGCUGGUACCUUCCUUCGAUCACGAUCCUACUCCGAAAGUCAUCAUCUCUGCAGUAAAAGUGCUCUCCACUUUCUUCUGCGACAAGCUCGACGACACCGAAACCAUCGUUCCCGCACUGAAAGGCCUCGCUAGCCUCCCAGCAAUCUGCAGCUCCGCGGACGCAGUAAUGAUUUUGAAAGCUGUCUUCGCCCAUGUCCGCAUGCGGGUGCUGGUCCAGUCCGUCCGAUUCCAUGUGUUCUCGAUCAUCCAAGGUCUUCUCGCGCAUCAUAAAGAAACGCUCAAGCAGGAGGAUGUCGUUGCGCCUUACAUCACUCUCGCAGAAGGGGAGAAGGAUCCACGAAAUCUACUGGUCGCAUUUUCGAUUGCCCGGACUCUUCUGCGUGAAUUUGACGUUGGGAGUAAGCACAUGGAAGCCAUGUCGAACAUCGUCUUCUGCUAUUUCCCGAUCACGUUCCGGCCACCCGCAAACGACCCGUACGGAAUCACCCCGGAUGAUUUGCGUCUUGCAUUGAGACAGUGCAUGGCUUCGGAUCCGGCUUUGGGGCCGUACGCAAUUCCAAUCUUCCUAGAAAAGCUCGCCGCAGGUUCUCCCGCAAUUAAGCGCGACACACUACAAUCGAUGACGGAGUGCUUCACAGCAUACGGUGCCAGUGUCCUGCGGCAGUUUUCCCGAAAACUUUGGAAUUCUAUCAAGCUCGAGGUAUUCCACCCGACAGAUCGGACCACGGAAGAGCUGGCGCUGUCCACCAUGCAAGUAUUGAUCGUAACUCUCAACUCGGAUGACGACGACGACAAGCUGGCACAUGACGCAUGCGAGGAGUGUAUCGGAAUACUGCGGGAGCCAGAGAAGAAUCAAGCAAAGCACGCGAUGAAAGUCCUGUGUGCUUUCUUAUCAACGACGCCUUCCGUGGCUCGGUACACACUGUCGAAUGCCAUUCCUCAUCUUUUGAAGUUGCUCUCGGAACCCCGAGAGGCUACAGCUCGCCCUUCGACAUUCCUCCUGCUUUCUGAUCUGAUCGCUGCUGCGCGCGACUCCAAAACGAGUGCUCUGGCAGAGUACAAAGACGAUGUUUUGGGCGCAUUGAUCUCCGGGAUCGGGACAUCGAGCACCACGCGGCCCGUACUGGCUGGUUUGACCGGGCUGGUAUCGACACCCGAUCUACUUUCGGACCAAGAACUCGGCUACGUCGUGCUCAAAGCAAACGAGACGCUGCUGAAAUGUCUGGAGGAAGAACAGGGCGAUGAAGGCAAUGCGAUCCUCAAGCUUCUCAUGACAGUAGCGUCAGAGGCUCCACUGCAUGUGCGAGACCAAACACUGCCGCUCUUGCUCGCCAUUCUCCCCGAAUCUGUUCCCGAAAAAGAGGAAGAUUUCUGGCGAUACCAAACAACCCUGGAUGCUUUGGCGACUGUCAGUGGUCCAGCGCCCAUCUUCACCGCCCUCGUCGAAGCGAUAACCCCUCGGCUGUUUGCCGUAAGCACUACCACAGAACUGGGCGCAGCAUACUUGCACGCGCAGUUGCAUGCGAUCAAACGCGUGUUAUCCGAGAACGACGAUGCCUUUGUAGCUUCGCUGGUGUCGGCAGUUUUCUCGCUGUGCCUGCGUUCAAGGCAUCCGCGAGUCGUCCUGAUCAGCGGGGAGAUUGUGUCGUUGACGGUGCAGAGAAUGACCACAGAGCAGCAACAAGAGUUUGCAUCUCUGCUCUUUCCCGCAUUCUUGUGCGGAAAGAUCGCUGCGGUUUGUGCUGGCGAAUAUCCUGCUCCAGAAACGCCGUUUUUCCCAUUCUCCACGCAAGCGAGCAAUGAUGAACGGAAUCUCUAUGUUCUUUUUGAGGCAGCGCUCGUGCCACUUCGGCAGCAAGUGGUCCUCGACGACGAUCUGAAUGUCAGCCUCGAGACUAUUCUAGUGCAAGGCAUGAUGCAUGCAAGCACGGAUCGGCAGCUGGAAGCUGUUGUGCGAAUUGUGGGGUCGGUUUUGAAUAAACAUGCCGAUGCUUUGAGUUCGUUCCUGGAGCACAAGAACACUGCGUUCUGGUCGAGUCAGGUGCUCAACACUGGUCGCUCAGUCGAGGAGAGGCGGGAUGCGAUUCGAGUGUGGACCUGGAUCUGUAAAGCGCUGAUCGUUCGGAAUCACGCUUUGGCGCUGGAGUUUGUCGACCGUUUGUUCGACGUCUUCAGUGACGAAGCGAUCGCUGUGUUUGCGGGCAAGGCCAUCGGUCAGAUUGCGGCGACGGAUCCAGUUCUGACGAAGAAAAACGGGGCAGUUGUCAAGUUCCUGUGGUCACAAAAGUUCGCUGUGGGGAUGUUGCCUCGUUUGAUGGAAGGCAAAGACAACGCGCAUUUGAUCGCCCUGACUUCAUUAGUGCAGGCGGUGCCGUACACAGUUUACGCUCACGAGAUGGGGCGACUGCUACCACUCCUCCUGCGCGCGCUUGCCAUCUCCGACGCGCAGAUUCGGCUGGGCGUACUGGAGACUCUCCUCGUGACUGCCCAGAAGAACUCUCUCUCAGAGCAUGCUGUCUCCCUCACUAGACACGCUCUCGAGUCUGUCCAGCUAGCACAGCUCCAUCCACCGUCAACCCGAAUCGCUGCUCUUCGACUGCUGGCUGUGUUGCCCAGUACUGUGUCCUAUGACGUGCUGCAUCCGGUCAAGUCUGAAGUGCUUCGUGCUCUUUCUAAGGCGUUGGAUGAUCCGAAACGGGCAGUAAGGAGACAGGCUGUUGAUACGAGAGAAGUAUGGUUCAAAUACACCGGUUGAAUGAAUCGUGUUGCGAGACUGCUCGAGAAAGUCGCGCGGAAGGAGUUCUCGGGCACAUCGUUUUGAUUGAUGACGGGGCCCAAACAACAACCAAACUCCUCUCCUGAUCUCCCAUCUCACAGCAAGACGGUUUCAAAACAUACAUACAAGAAUGUACAGAGGAAAAUGUGCGCUGGGGCAUGAUAUGAAAGAAAGAUAGAACAAGGUUACACGAGCUUGGAAUCCGCCAAGAACUGCGAUUGGCGCGCCGGCACCAGCGCCGCAACGCUCUCCUCCUCAAACGGCUGCUUCUCCACAUCAUGCACCGCGACAUAAGCCCCAUACCCAUACGGAUCCUCGCCAUGGAGCACCGCGGAGCCGGGACUCAUCGCGGGCGCGUCGCCGAACUUCACCCACGCGGCGGCAUUCGGGGCGUACCCGGCCGCAGGCGACGUCGCGUGCUGCACCGCGUCCGCGAUGUCCGCGUGCGUGCGUUCCCAGGCCCGGCGGUCCUGCUGGCGCUUGCGGCGCUUGUAGGCGAGAAAGCCGGCGCCCGCGAAUAGGAGGAGCAGGAGCACGGGGACCAGGAUCCCGGCGAUGAGCGCUGCGGGGUGGCGAUGGGCGCCGGGGGAUGUGGUCCCGCCGAUUGUCGAUCCCGGGGAAGAGAUCGCGACAGGCGCCGUUGUCAGGGUGUACACUUGGCCGUCGGAGGAGGUGCUGAGGAGCGGUUGGCUUGUGGUAGUGGCUGGAGAAAAAUGAGCGAGGGUGGUCGGCGACGAAGUCUCAGAUGCGGCCUUCUGGACAGUGGCAGAGUUCGGUGCUUCUCCCGUCGAAGGGCCUGAAGACUCUUGGAGCGUGCUGCUCGGUCGGAUGCUAGGAUUGCCAUCAUUCAAGCUGGCAGUGGUAUGAACCGCUCCACUAGUAGAUGCGUCCGUAUCAGGGCUACCAGUGGUUGGAUUUCCAGCCGUCGGAGUGGCUGGCGGCGGCGGCGGCGGCUGACUUGGCGGACUGUGCAAGGAAUCGGUUUCGUGUUUAGAUCCCGUGUUAACUCACUCACGACGCAGGGUCAUUACCACUGCCUGGAGAAUCCGAGGUCGCGGGAGCGGCAGGUGGUGGCGGAGCGGGAUUCACAGUUGUGGUGGCGGGUGUGUUCUCUGCCGGACGUGUAUUGGGCGGAGCUGAUGGCGGCGACUGUGUCGUUGUCUGAGGCGGAAGCGCGGGAGGCGGUUGAUUUGGCGGUGGGAAUGUAGUUUGCUGGGUCGUUUGCGGUGGCGGUGGUUGGUGGGUUUCACCGUCUCCGCCUUUGUGGUGUUGCUCGCCAUUGCCACCCCCGCCAGAUUGACCGUUGCCGCCAUCGCUACCGCCACCAGGUUGGCCCGACCACCAGCUAUCAUUGUUAUUUGAUUUUGAUUGUGUUGUUCCCAUGGCCUAGGAGAUCGGAUUCGAGUUGGCGGAGAUUUAGUGAGUGAGCGUGGGCAUAAAAUGAAAGGCUGGGCCUGCAGGCGCUGAGCGGCGGUACGGACCACAAGUGAGAUGAGUGGGGAAGAAGGAAAAUACGACAGCGCAGGAUGCCGUCCCUUGUUUCGCAACCCAUUCAAUCUUGACAUCAGUUGAUAUGUACAGCAAAUAACUGAUCAACUCCUCCAUCAGAUUGUCUGGAGAGAUCGCCGUUGUCUUGACUCUAUUCCAGGCGCUCGAGGGCCAAUAACGUUGAAGAUCAUGUAGUGAGCUCAUGUCACGAAUGACAGGACUUUGAGUGCUGCCCAUCCGUCAAGUUCAUGUCCGAUUGCCUCUGACUUGGUGGGGCCUGAGCGCUAGAUAAACCCGCUCAAGCACCCACUCUUCACGUCCG